ACCACUCCCCAGUGUCCACUACAGCCCAUCAUGCCUGCCCAACUUCCUACCCGCAAGAUCGGUAACACCGAUGUAACCGCUAUUGGUUUCGGUGCCGUGGGUCUUUCACUCCAACUUUACGGCCAACCUCCUUCCGAGGAAGAACGCCUCAAGCUUCUUGACGCAGUAUACGAGAACGGGUGCUUGAACUGGGAUACAGCUGACGUCUACAGUGACAGCGAGGAGCUGCUCGGAAAAUGGUUCAAGCGUAGUGGAAAACGCGCAGAGAUCUUCCUUGCUACAAAAUGCGGUUUCUACAUGCAAGGAGGCCGACUGAUCAAUGGCAGCCCCGAACAUGUUAAAGUCUCCAUUGAGAAGUCCUUGCGACUGUUUGGCGUGGACUGCAUCGAUCUCUAUUACCUUCACCGUCCCGAUCCUACCGUCCCUAUCGAGAAGACUGUCAGCGCCAUGGCUGAAUUCGUAAAGCAGGGGAAAGUCAAAUAUCUUGGACUUUCCGAAUGUUCGGCCAAUACGCUUCGUCGAGCAUACGCCGUGCAUCCCAUCUCCGCCAUCCAAGCCGAGUAUUCCCCAUUCACGCUCGACAUCGAGGACGAGAAAUUUGGACUUUUCAAGACCGCACAAGAACUCGGCGUCACCAUCGUCGCGUACUCCCCUCUGGGACGUGGGAUGCUCACAGGUCGCUACAACGGACCGGAAGACUUCGAGGAAGGCGAUUGGCGUCGAACUAUCCCUCGUUACUCCAAAGAGAACUUCCCGAACAUCCUCAAGAUCGUCGAUGGUUUGAAGAAAGUCGGCGAGUGUCACAACGCGACCGCAGGACAAGUUGCGCUCGCUUGGCUUCUUGCACAAGACCAAAGCAUCAUCCCUAUCCCGGGCACGACGAAAAAGAAGUACCUAAAAGAGAACCUCGGCACGCUGAAUGUCAAGUUAAGCCCUGAGGAAGUGAGGGAAGUGCGGGAGAUUGUGAAUAAAGCUGAUGCUGCUCACGGAGAAAGAUAUGAGGACUUCAUGAUGGCUGUCCUCUAUGGCGACACUCCGGUUCUGGAGAAGUAGACGUGAUUCGCAUGAGAAGCCACUUGGAAAAUUUCCGGGAUGUGUUGAAUUUACCCUUUGAACGAGUCCAUCUGCGCAUAGCCAAUGACAUACGACGCCCCGCCUGUCCCUCAUCGACAGUUUGAAUUUUGGGUAUGUUCAAAUUGUUUGGCCCUGACCGCAUUUCUCAUGCCACACACGGCCCGCCUGAAUAUUAACAGAACUGUGCAGGAGUCGAAUGAUAUAUGAGUACCAACCGAACAGGGACUUCUCACCAACGUUCCUCACAUUGAACUUUCCCUUUUGCGUCGUAACGCAACGUCGCAGUAUCGGCGCAGAUCAUUAUACCCUUGCGUCAAAAUAUAUCACAGCAUCCGUU